AUGGCUCUUAAUUAUUUUGUACGAAUAUAUUCAUGUAUAUAAUUUCGUGGUAAUAAUGCAGUUUAUACCUAAAUAGUUUAAAUUUAAUUUUAAAUGGCAAAUCGGUUGUUAUGUUAAAAUAGUAAUGUCUUGAAUAAGGAAUAAGGAUUAGUGCAUUAAUUUAUUGCGUAAUCAAAUUAUUGUUAUAAAUUUUUAUCAUAGAAACAUUUAUAUAAUAUUUAUAUCAUGAACUGUAUAAUAUCAAAAAAUAACGUUAUCUACUUUUAAAUCAAUUUAAUAUGGCAUAAAUCACAGGUUAAAUUUCAAAACGUCGAACGUUCCUACUUCGAAACUAAAAGUAUCUGUUUAAUUAUUAAAAUUUAAUGUGUUAUUAUAGGUCCUAGGUAAUUAAUUAACUGUGCCACUGUGAUUUUUACAYACUGCACCUUAUUUACUCUGUACAAAUAAAUAACGAUUAUUCUGUGUCACUUUAUUGUUAUUGUUGUUGUACACUAAGUAUCACUUUUUUUCAUAUAGUUUUUUUUCUGUUAAUAGAUUAAUUUUUUUAAAAACUUUUUUUACAAUUGUUUGUGCCGUUAUAGGUACUUUAMAUGUUCCUACAAGUAUAGAGCUUUUAUUUAAUUUACUUACCUAAUAUAUGUUUUCAACUAUUAACAAAACACUUAUAUCCACUGAACAUGAUAAAAGACCAUGUGUCGCUGAAUUUCGACACUGUUUUGUUGACUGGUUCAACUCAAAAGUACAGUURCAAAAGUUUUUACCGAAGAUGUUGGAGACAAUUAUCAAAAUUACAGAAAUUAAUUUUAUAUUUAUUGACUAGCAUAAUAUUAAUUUCGCUACUUUUGUGGUUCAUUGGAACUAGUAAGAAUCUCGAAGAAUUAUCUGAAACAAACUCUCUUAAGUUACCACAACCAACUAUUUGGCCCCAGGAUAAUAUUAAAUUGAAUUUACCAAAUUAUGUAGAUGCUGUGAAGUUAAAUGAAAUUGAAGAUGUUGAAUCUCCAGAUCAAAAAGAACAAAUAGCUGCACCAGCAUCCAAUGUAGCUGCAAACCCUGUUGAAGGUGUUCAGUUUAUGCCAGCAACUAGUCAUAGACAAACUGCAGUUUUAAACGCAUUUAAACAUGCAUGGAAAGGAUAUUGCAGUUAUGCCUGGGGACAUGAUCAUGUAAAACCCAUUAGCAAGAAGUAYCAAGAUUGGUUCAAUCUAGGAUUGACCAUUGUUGAUUCUCUAGAUACACUAUGGAUUAUGAAUUUAAAAAAAGAAUUUGAUGAAGCUCGUGAAUGGGUUAGUACCAGUUUUAAUCUUGAUCGUUAUAAAGAUGUCAACCUUUUUGAAACUACAAUUAGAGUGUUAGGUGGAUUUUUAAGUGCUUAUCAUUUGUCAGGAGAUUCAUUAUUUCUCGAUAAAGCUCUAGACAUUGGUUCACGACUUAUGCCAUGUUUCACAAAAUCUCCAUCACCAAUACCAUAUUCAGAUGUAAAUCUUAUCUCUCACAUGGCUCAUUCACCCAAAUGGAGCCCAGAUUCAAGCACAGCUGAGGUAUCUACCAUUCAAUUAGAAUUUAGAGAUUUAUCAAGAUCUACUGGUACACAGCAUUUUGAAACUGUUUCAUUCAAAGUGUCAGAACAUAUUCAUUCAUUAGAAAAACCUAAUGGACUUGUGCCUAUCUACAUAAAUCCAAACACAGGCAAAUUUCAUAGAGGAUCUGAGAUUAAAAUUGGUGCUAGAGGUGAUAGUUAUUAUGAAUAUCUUUUGAAACAAUGGAUCCAAACUGGAAAAUCGAUUGAUUUUUUGAAGAAUGACUAUUUGGAAGCUAUUGAUGGCAUAAUCACGCAAUUAGUGCGGACAUCACCAAAAAGGAAUUUAACAUAUAUAGGUGAACUGAAGGCAGGAUCACGCAAUUUUCAUCCAAAGAUGGAUCAUUUAGUAUGCUACCUGCCGGGCACAUUAGCACUUGGUGUUCAUUAUGGUAUGCCUUCUAGUCAUAUGAGAUUGGCUGAAAAACUGAUGGAAACAUGCUAUCGUAUGUAUGCUGAUCAACCAACAUUUUUAUCCCCAGAAAUUGUGUAUUUUGGUACAAAAAUGGAUGUUAAUCAAGAUAUGUAUGUUAAUAUAAAUGAUGCACACAGUCUAUUACGGCCUGAAUUUGUUGAAAGUCUUUGGUACAUGUAUCAAAUAUCAGGCAAUACUACAUAUCAGGAUUGGGGUUGGUUAAUAUUUCAAGCAUUUGAACGACAUACUAAAGUAGCUGGAGGUUUUACAUCCAUUGGCAAUGUGUUAGAUCCAGAAGAUACUCGUCCUCAAGACAUGACUGAGUCAUUCUUUUUUGCGGAAACCCUUAAGUAUUUAUAUUUGUUAAUGUCUGAUGAUCGACACAUGUUAUCCAUUGAUAAGUAUGUGGUUAAUAGUGAAGGGCAUCCUAUGCCAAUUUAUARCCGGUGAUAAAUAGUUCUGGUUACUUAUAGAUUUGCUGUUGAGUUAAUGUAUACAAUUUUAUUUGUCUUUAUUGGCUGUGAAUUUUUAUUUUAUCGGUUUUGUAUACUCGUCCAYAAUUACCACAAAAUAUUUAAACUUACUAUUAAUACUGACAAACUUAUUUUUAAUUUAAAUAUUA